GUCAACAAAAUGCUUACCUAGCAGCUAGUAAUUUCUAAUAAGUCAUCAUUAAUAAGUGGCAAACUCUAGAUUUCUAUACUUUUUCCUAUACCAUUUCCUAUACUUUAUCCAAAUUUGCUACACCAUAAUUCGAACCAUUUCUCGCUCCUUCAAAGAAUAACCCUUUUUGUAAGGGGGUGAAAAUGGCGAGUGCACCUACCACUCCUUUGGUAAAGCCGAACAAUACGCCAGGGAAACGUCUUCAUUCGCAGCAAUCUAGAGACCAACUUUUCAAGCCAUUCAAAUGUCCUGGUUCGGCUCUCAGGACCCCAGCUACCGAUCGCCCAGUUCGAAAAAAGAGAAAAGUCGAUUAUAAAGGUGCCGGUGGCGACGACUCGGAAGAUAAACCCUACACGAACGCCGACAGAUUGGCUUUAGCGAACCGAGAUGUCAACCGUUUUCCCGUCUUCCAGGCCAAAGAUAAAGACAAGGUUUUCAAGAAGGCUUUCAGCGUUCCUCUCAUCAACAAGAACAAUGGUUCUUACAAUCCCAAUCGUCCUCCACCAACGCUUGGUCUAAGACAAGGAGCCAUGUUUGUUGCUAAACCUUUACACGAUCCGAGCGGCGAGUUUGCUAUCGUGCUUCACGACCCAACUGUUGACGAUAAGCCGAAGGAGACUGGCAAAGAAGAAGGUGAUGAGCCUAAGAGCAGUACUCAGGAAAAGCUAGAUGCGCCCUUAGUCCAUAAGAGUCUAGCUGAGAUCUUGGGUAUCAAGAAGAAGGUCGACAAUGAACAUCCAAGAGUGCCAGUCGUAAUCGACCCGAGACUUGCCAAGGUUCUACGACCACAUCAGAUCGAAGGUGUCAAGUUUAUGUAUAGAUGUGUGACCGGCAUGAUUGAUGAAAAGGCCAACGGCUGUAUCAUGGCCGAUGAAAUGGGUCUCGGAAAGACGCUCCAAUGCAUUACACUCCUGUGGACUCUUCUAAAGCAAUCACCCGAUGCCGGGAAAACGACAAUACAAAAGGCCAUUGUUGCCUGUCCAUCCAGUUUGGUCCGAAAUUGGGCGAACGAACUUACCAAGUGGCUCGGCGCAGACGCCAUUACCCCUUUCGCAAUCGAUGGCAAGGCAUCUAAGGAGGAGUUAACACGACAACUGCGCCAAUGGGCCAUUGCUAGCGGUCGGGCGGUUACCCGACCAGUAAUUAUAGUUUCCUAUGAGACGCUUAGGCUGAAUGUUGAGGAGCUUAAAAAUACUCAAAUCGGUCUGAUGUUAUGCGACGAAGGCCAUCGAUUAAAGAAUGGAGACAGUCAAACAUUUACGGCGUUGAACAACCUCAGAGUUACAAGGAGAGUUAUCUUGUCUGGUACACCAAUCCAGAACGAUCUUUCUGAGUACUUCUCUCUAAUCAGCUUCGCAAAUCCCGGUUUGCUUGGCAAUCGACUCGAAUUCCGAAAGCGAUUUGAGCUUCCCAUUUUACGAGGUCGCGAUGCUGAUGCAAGUGAACAUGAUCGCAAGAAAGGUGACGAAUGUCUAGGUGAGCUGCUCGGUAUUGUCAACAAGUUCAUUAUCCGACGCACGAACGAUAUUCUAUCCAAAUAUCUUCCCGUCAAAUACGAGCACGUUGUGUUCUGCAACCUGGCCCCCUUCCAGCUCGAUUUGUAUAACUACUUCAUCAAGAGUCCAGAUAUCCAGGCUCUCCUACGUGGCAAGGGAAGCCAGCCGCUCAAGGCUAUUACUCUACUUAAAAAACUGUGCAAUCACCCAGAUUUACUUAACCUAUCGGAAGAUUUACCAGGAUGUGAAAAGUUCUGGCCCGAGGAUUAUACGCCGAAGGAUGCGCGUGGUCGUGAUCGAGAUAUCAAGCCGUGGUACUCGGGCAAGAUGCAGGUACUUGACCGUAUGCUAGCGCGCAUUCAUCAAGACACGAACGACAAGAUUGUCCUUAUCAGCAAUUACACUCAGACGCUUGACCUCUUCUCUCAACUCUGUCGCCAUCGCGGAUAUGGUCACCUGCGUCUUGACGGUACCAUGAACGUUACCAAACGGCAAAAGCUCGUCGACAAGUUCAACGAUCCCGAUGGUGGUGAAUUCGUCUUUCUACUCUCCAGCAAGGCUGGCGGUUGCGGUCUCAAUCUCAUUGGCGCUAACCGCCUCGUCUUAUUCGACCCGGAUUGGAACCCUGCCGCCGAUCAGCAGGCGCUAGCCCGUGUGUGGCGUGACGGGCAAAAGAAGGACUGUUUCGUGUACCGAUUCAUCGCUACUGGCACCAUCGAGGAGAAGAUCUUCCAGCGCCAGAGCCACAAGCAAUCCCUGUCGUCGUGCGUCGUCGACUCAGCCGAAGACGUAGAACGCCACUUCUCGCUAGACAGUCUGAGAGAGCUGUUCCAGUACAGACCGGACACGCUGAGCGAUACGCACGACACGUUCAAGUGCAAGAGGUGCAAACCCGACGGACGCCAGUUCAUUAAAGCCCCGGCUAUGUUGUAUGGUGACACGAGUACUUGGAAUCACUUCGUCAAUAAGGAUCUCAAGCCUAUACAGGAUUUGCUGCUGCGCCAGGAGUGUGGGGAGAGGGAGGUUUCGGCUGUUUUCCAGUAUAUCUCGCAUUAAGGUACAUACCUGCCUACAUACAUAUAUGUCUAAGAGAUUAGGAAGGUCUAAAUGAUGAUGUUUCUAGUUCUAGCAUGCUAGAAUAGCGUUAGAGGAUGGGUCCACGACAUUUGCAAUAGUAUGGUGUUAGGGCGCGGUUAUUGUUGCUCUGUUAGGUAGGUAGACUUGCUUGCUGCAUGGCGUUAUAGUGUCUAUCGCAAAAGACUUGAUGAGAGCACUUGAUAAUUAUAUGG